CAUGAAAAUGAGAAAGAGAAAAGAACAGAAAAAAGGAGAACGCCGAACGAAAAUAAAAAAAACGAAUCAAUAAAAAUGCACCCACGAGGCAAAGCUAUAGAGGAAGGAGAGGCGAAACACGAAUUGAGGGGGAUUCAAGUCGAAGCGGGAUAUGCUUACGAUGAACGUCGCGAAGAAGAAAAAGAUGAAAAGGAACGUUCGUUUUCGUUCUUCCGUCAGAAGAUUCGUGGAAAAGACCAUUGUGAUGAGGAGGAAAAAAAUUGUAGUGAAGGAGAAGUCUAUCAAGAGGGAAAGGCGGAAGGAGGGAAGGAAGGACAAGCUAGCGGAGAGGAGGGAAUUGACGAAGAGGAUGGAGCGAGAGAUGUGAAAAACAAAAAACGUGAUGAUAUUUUACAAGAGGCAGAAACAAAAGAGGAAGAAGAGGAUGAAGAUGAAGAUGAAGACGACGAGGAAGAGGCAGAAGCAGACUAUGUCGAGGAAGAGAAAAAAAAAGAAGGUGAAGUGGAAAAUGUAGAAGAGGAAGUCGGCGGAGAGAAAAAUGAGGGGGGAAAUGGUAAUGAUAAAAAAGAGAAAGAUGAGGAGGAGGAAGAAGAGGAAGAAGAGAACGAGGAUGAAGAGGAGGAGGAUGAAAAAGAGGAAGAAGAGAACGAGGAUGAAGAGGAAGAUGAUGAAAAAGAGGAAGAAGAGAACGAGGAUGAAGAGGAAGAUGAUGAAAAAGAGGACGAAGAGGAGGAGGAUGAAGAGGCAGAAGUCAAAGAGGACGAGGAAGAUGAAGAUGAAGCUGAAGACGGCGAGGAAGAGGCAGAAGCAUACUAUGUAGAGGAAGAGAAAAAAAAGAAGAAGGUGAAGUGGAAAAUGUUGAAGAGGAAGUCGGCGGAGAGAAAAAUGAGGGGGGAAAUGGUAAUGAUAAAAAAAAGAAAGAUGAGGAGGAGGAAGAAGAGGAAGAAGAGAACGAGGAUGAAGAGGAGGAAGAUGAAAAAGAGGAAGAAGAGGAGGAUGAAAACGCAGAAACAAAAGAGGACGAGGAAGAUGAAGAUGAAGUUGAAGACGACGAGGAAGAGGCAGAAGCAGACUAUGUAGAGGAAGAGGGGAAAAAAAAAGGUGCAGUGAAAAAUGUAGAAGAGGAAUUUGGCGGAGAGAAAAAUGAGGGGGGAAAUAGUAACAAUAAAAAAGAGAAAGAUGA